UAUACGGAUAGAUGUUACAGCUCCUGGACGAACCAAAGGGGUGACUACCUUGGUUCAAAAUCGGUGUUACACAAGUUACACGAAGGGGGAAGGAAGCACUCAAACACUCAAAAGUCGACCAUAGCAACACCAACUUAGGGCAGCAGUCUCUACCUAUCAGCCUACUUCAAGGUUAAGGUUACCUAGAUAGGGUAGUAGCAAGGUUAAUAGCGAGGCAAUAGCGAGGCAAGGUUUAUUACACAGGCUACCUCUUACACGAAUCGCUUUUCUACAUCCCAAUUACAAAAACUGCCACAUUCCCUCCACCUUUUUACAUAUUUCCAUAACUACGCUCGUCGCAGAUAGCGAAUCACAAAUUCGACAAGAUGGUGGAUAUUACCCUAUCAACCGAAGACGAGCAAGCCCUUGGCUUCAAACGGUUGAGGAUAAGCAACAAGACUUCGAAUAGUUUACUUCUAGGCCUGCCGGUAGAACUGGUCUCCUACAUAUUAUCCCUCCUUGACCCCGAACAUGUUACGCUCUUUUCUUUAACUUGUAAGGCCGCCUCUAUCCUUGUCCGAGGAACCGACUAUGGGAAGAUUUGUCUCGCUUCUGUCCAUAGCGCUUUGCACACCAACUCGGGUCUAGCCUCUUUCCAGAGAGCUACGUUCCUUCAUCACUUGGCAAAGGAUCUCCCGCAUCGCUUCGUCUGCAAACGCUGCUCCAAGUUUCACCAAAAGCUCGUCAACCUUGCAGAAGAAGGCCCAGAUGCCCUGUCAAACUCUAUCUCAAUCCAUCGCCAAAAGGACCUUAUGAUGUUUGGCCCGCUAUGGCCACAAUACGCUUUCACCCGCGAGCACGGUCGCCAGGCAGUAAGGGAUAGUAGCAUCGGUUCAGAACCCAACUAUGCUACUUCUCAUUUGGCCAUAUCCACUGAUUGGAAGCUGAGGAGGCUAGGCACUUCCUGCAACAACCCCGAUUUCAUCCACGGAUACGUCAAGUUGGACACUGAAGCAGUAGUUGUAAACGGCAAGCUAUACUUUCACAAGAUCCAGCGCAUAGUGCUUCUCCCGGAUAGGCUCAAGCCUUUUCUUACGGCCAACCGGUCUUCUCCUAUGGAACAAGUUUUCCAGUCUUGCUGCCACGGGACUGAAUUCCGCGCUACGUUUCGCCCCUCCUUGGACAUGUUGGAUUGGAACGGCUUGCGUGGCAAGAGUGUACAUGAUACCAUCACUAAGUUCGCCAAUGUGGCACGUGCCGGGCUGCCACUUCUCAUGCCACUUUCCGGGCUGGACAAAGACACUAUCAAGAGAUAUCCACCGCUUCCCAUUCCGCAUGCAGGCUGCAAGCACUGCAUGACCGAAGAGCUCACCACCAUCCAUAACCACGGCCGCGACGGAGUCGAGAUAGUCAGUGACGUUUUCCAAAACCUUGGCAGUUGCACCAACGACGGCACGGAUAAUGAGUGGGGAUACUGCUGGUCGGGCCUAAGUUACGACUGCCGGACCCUCAAGUCCAGGCGAAAGGAGCACCCCCUAAUUCAUCCGGGCGUAUUCCCCACUCGUCCUGGUGCGAGUGCUAGGGAUCAUCCGUCAGCACCAAAUGCUAAGGAUAUCUGGGAAUUACACGACCGUGACCGAGAAGCUAGAUCACAGUGAUUACGAAGACAUCCGGGGGUUUCCGAUGCAUUGAUGGUUGGUGGAUCAUAAAGGACGGAGAUAUGGUUUGGCAUGAUUACUUGGCGUUUCUAGGUGGCUGGCUGGCCGGCUGGUCUUAGGGAGAGUCUAGCUACCUUGUAGGUAUAUAUGUUUAAGUCCAAUGUAUAAAAAGUCGUUUGAUACCUGUAGGAGGUACCUAACCUUUUGAUACGGCGAAGAUACCGAGUAAGAGAAUGAGGACCAAUUACUUACUCAGUUACUCUUCCGUACUCAUAAGCCCUUCUAAGCAAUCUUUCCUAUUAAUUUGCAAGAGGCUGUUUGAUGGCCUUGUUCUCUAAAAAGGUUUCUAGAAUGCUCGUUUCUUACACAAUACAAAGUCCACGCGAUGUACGACCUAUCCCCCUCGCGCUCAACUCUGAAACAUACUUUAGGUACCUAAUUAUGUUAUUUAAUUCAAUGCUAACGUGUACACAGUAGUUACACACACAUUUACCUUUAGGAAGUAGGUACCUUAGGUACCAUACCGGCAGAUAGUAGGUUUGUGGAAUCAUUCCAAAACC